CUGCUCCCCGCCGCCCCGCGCAGAGGACCAGCAGGAUGCCUCCCGACGCAGGUCUCGGGCACAGCCACGCUCUUGGCUUCUUCUUGGCCCUGCUCUGCAGCUGCAGCUGCUUCCACGGGACAGAGUCCGGACCCACAUGGAAGUCCAGCAUCUUCUCCACCCUCCAGUACAACAUCAGCUUUGGGCAGAAGCUGGGCGUCCUGUGCCAGGGCUACACGGCGUACAAGUGCGAAGGCCUCAUCUACUGGCUGGCCAACGGCACCUUUGUGGACAACCUGUACCCGGAGGCAGUGGUCCUUGAGGGGAAAACCAGGGAGAAAGCCCAAGCCCCUGGCUGCCUCCUGGAACGGGAGCUCUUCUUCUACUCCUUCUCCCUGAGGGACCUGGAAACGGCCUUCACAUGCACCAUCCUUGACCCAUCAGGCCCCGUCCAGAGGAACGUCACCUGGCACCUCCAAGACCCCAAGGGGCUGCGCAACGGGGGGCUGCUGAGCAGCAUGCGGGGUGUUUAGGUGGCUCCCUCCUCUGUGACCUGCGGAAGCCGGCCCCGGCCCACGAGCGACAAUAAACACGUUGCGUCUUUGCGGCA